CCCAGGCUCCUGAGUGCAGCUCCUAACUGCUCAUCAUUCGCUAAAGCUGAAAGCUCAAAGCAAAUAAACAACCAUGAGGCUGUUCCUGCCAGUCCUGCUGGUCACUCUGGCCCUUUGCUGCUGUGAGACCAAUGCGGCCACCUGUCCAGCCGUUGCUACUGAUAUAGCAAGCUUCUUUCUCCUUCCUGACUCUCUCUUCAAGCUACAACUUAUCAAAUAUCAGGCACCUCCAGAAGCCAAGGAUGCCACGAUGCAAGUGAAGCAAUGUAUAAAUGAGAUCUCUGCUGGGGACAGAUAUAUAAUCACAGAGACCUUGGGGAAAAUAGUGUUGCAGUGUGGUGCAUGAAUCUUCUAAAGUAGUACCCCUGUCUUUCAAUGGUCACCUGCUCCUCCCUGGAAAAUGUAAAGGUUUCAACAUCUUGCUUUAAUAAAUUACUUGCCUUGCAUUUC